AUGGGCUACCUCGACUGCGCGCCGAUCGACGUGGCCAAGGCGCCGUACGAAGACGCGCUCGACUACCUCCCGCGCGACGCUUGCGCCACGUACGAGUAUGCCUACGUCGGCAGCUUGGACGACGCGAUGGCGCCGAGCCUCUCGGUCCUUGGCUUCACCAGUAGCCGCAAGUGGUCGCAAGAUACGCGGGUCGUCGACGCCAUCCUUGGCCUGCAUCCAUCGGGCAUCGUGCCCACGACGAUGCUGCAACUCGACGCGCGAGAUGGUCUGGUGCCGCCGACAGCGUGGGCCAACGCGCUUCCGCGCCGCCUCGACGCCACGUUGCGCGAUCACUUUGUGUGGGGCAGCGCUCCGCUCACGCCCGUCCUUUCCCAUGUCAUGAUCCAUGGUCCUGCAUCUGCGACAGCCCGCCUCGAGCCCAUCACGCGAGCACCUGCCAGCGUCGGGACGCUUCUCUUGACCUUUCCGAGCUACGUGGAAGGCGGCGCCCUUUCUGUUGCGUUUGAAGCAGCGACGACCACGUCCGUCUGCAGCGACUGCCUCAGCAGCACCUUUGCCAUCGCCGUCGCGCACCGCGCAGCAACGAUCGCGAUGGCGCCGAUCUCAGCCGGCCACGCCGUCGUCGCCGUCUUCGAUCUCGUCGGUGGAGCCGCGCCAUCCUCGCCCAUCUCAGAGGGCGUGCGCGCGGCGAUCGCUGCGCUCGUUGCCGUUGGCGCCAAGCCACCGCGAACGUACCCACUCGUCGGCUACGGCAUUCGCCCUCAGUUUGCGUUUACGACCUUCCAGGACCUGCCAAGCGGCAGUCGCGACCGAGCGUUCGCCCACGCACUCAUCGCGUCCGAGAUGUACGACGUGGCCAUCGUGCACUACACCGACGACGGCGACGCUCCCUUUGUCAUUGCGCAGGCGACCAUGCACCCAAGCUCGAGACUACCCAGUGAGUGCGCGCUGGCACUGCGAGGGCGGUCGGUGCCGGCCUUUCUGCACACAGUCAACGUCGGCGAUUUGCGCCGCUCCGGCGACCAUCGGCGCACAAGCCUCGUGUUUUGGCACAAGGCCCACCGUCCGUAUGUGCUUGGGCUUCCAGUCGCGCUUGAUGUCUUUGCAACGACGUCGGCGACGAUCGCUACGCGACGCUGCCUCGUCGACGCCAUGCUCGGUUACUUGGAACAGGCAGCCCGAGAGCGCAACGCCACGACACGCUACAAUAGCAGCGCCAAGACGUGGGCGUGCACGGCGGCGCUGGGGCAUCUCGUCCUUGCCGUUGGCGACGUGCGUCUCGUUGAGGAGCUCUGGGAGCCGCUGGAUUUCUUUGUCGCGCCAACGCACUUGGCGUUGAUGGCGCCGAGUAUGCACGCGACCAUCCAGCGCUUUGGCACGUACGCACUUUUCCCGCUGCUCGAGUACAUCUUGCGCUGGUGGACGACGCGCUGGAGCAGCUUCGCCGUCGGCUGUCAGCUGCUUGCGAGCUUUGCCGGCGUCUCGGUCGCGCCGCUGUGCUUGCCGCUGUCGAUUCCCGGCGCCCGUGCCUCGAUCGUGUCGGCCUACGCUGUUCUGAUGGACCUCACUUUGGUCGAGCGCAAUCCGACCAACAGCACGCGCGCGUCCUUGGCAGCGAUUAUCUGCGACGGCAGUCGCCUUGCCGCCUAUGUCAAGGACGAGAAACAUCGGUUGCAGACGCUCGUGCAGUCGCAGCCGGCGCUCUUCCAUCCGCAGACCGUGCUCGCACCAGCCCUUGAGACUCUUUUGCCCAACCGCCUUCUGUGGUGCGAGACACUUUUGCUCGCAACCGUCCACGUCGCUCCGAUGGAUGCCACGCCAAGCAACCUCAUGACAGUUCCUGAUGCGACCUGCGUCUUGCGCGUGCUGCACUCGAUCCACGCGUUGGACGCACCGAUGCUGCAAGCCCUCGUGACUCUCUGGGGUGCGUUGGCCCUCGAUACGAUCGCCAUGUUCUUGGCCGCGCUGGAAGAAGACGUUCUUGUUGGCCUCGAGACGAGCGUCCUCGCCGUCGUGACAACGACGACGCUAGAGGCGAUUCAAAACAACCUUGCAAAGGAGACGGCGUCGUGGCGCGCCAUGGCGAAAUCGACGGCCCGCGUUCUUUUGUCGGCGCAGCUUACAUCGUCGUCGGCAGCGACGAUGACGUUCGACGUGUUCCUAGCAUCGAUUGUCGGGGCCGUCGGCGAUGUGAUGGCGCUGCACGAGGCCUUUGUGUGGCCGCUGCUCCAAGACGCCACAGCGAUCGGCUUGUCGCUGCGUGGUCAAAAAACGCUGGCCUUCGCGAUGCUCCGCGUGCUUCCCACGUACAAAACAGAGGACGAGCUGCCGCUGUUGACGUCGGACAUGGCCAUCACGGACGUGGUCCUGGAGCCGUGCUGCCGCGCCUGCCGACGUUUUGAAGCCUUUUUGCGAUCGUCGACACGCGCCCAGUGGGCCCUUGCGUGGUACGCCGAGUCGCCGACGACCCUGUGCGACAAGCUUGCGGCGAUGGCUCAACUACUAGCGACGCGCCUGUCAUGCAGCAUCGAUCAUCAUGCGACGUACCUCAACGUUCGCGUCGCAACGUUCGUAAAGCGCCACGCCAUGGUCCUCGAGGCGCGCCACCACGAGGUGGAGCGACAGCAGCGAACACGGACGCUGGUGAUGCUGCUGGGUGACGAGCACGACAAGCGCAAAAUGACGUCUCAUGACCAAGGUGACGAGGCGGCGAUGCCAGCAGCGAAGCGCCAGAAGCUGUCGACUUGCAGUUAG